AUGUCAGAAGAUAAAAUGGAUCUCGACGAGCAGCGAGUCGGCCAGGAGGAAGUGCAGGACACUGAGAUGAGCACAGUCAACAAUUCAGCAGCGACAGAAACGCGGCCCAAAAAACGAUUUGAGAUCAAGAAAUGGACUGCAGUGGCCUUCUGGUCGUGGGAUAUAGCGGUAGAAAACUGCGCAAUUUGCAGAAAUCACAUUAUGGAACCAUGCAUUCAGUGCCAGCCUACAGCGAUGACGGAUAGUGAAACAGAGUGUGUAGCGGCCUGGGGUGUGUGUAACCACGCAUUCCAUUUGCACUGCAUCAACAAAUGGCUACAAACGAGAAAUGCCUGUCCACUGGAUAACCAGCCAUGGCAGUUUGCUAAAUACGGGAGAUGA